UGAAGAUUAUUUCUCUUCCAUCUGUAAAAGCGUAAAAAAAAAUUUCAUCGAUCCUGGUUUUUUUUUUCAAAAUUAUCAAUUAUUCAAUUGUUUAUCAAUUAAUUACUGCGCGCUGCAUAAUGUUUCGCUGUCUGCAAAGGAUCCUCAAGAGGAUACGCUGCUAUGGCCCUGGGCAAAUGUCAUGUCGUGACAAACACCAGAUGCCCGAGCACCUGAAAAAAGUCGAGACCGACAAGGACCCAGAGUUCUCGGCCAUGGUGCUGUAUUACUACCAUAGGGCAGCCCAGACCAUGGAACCCGAGCUGGUCAAGGAAAUGGAAAAGUAUCCGCAUAUGCAGCCGGAGGAGCGCCAAGCUCGCGUCUCCGCCAUUCUCAAUUUGCUGGGGAGUGUCUCCGCCUCGGUGGAAGUUAAUUUUCCCAUUGUCCGCAAAAAUGGCAACUACGAGAUCAUCAGUGGUUAUCGAUCGCACCAUGUACGCCACCGCCUGCCCCUUAAGGGCGGUAUUCGUUACGCUCUGGACGUGAACGAUAGCGAGGUGAAGGCCCUCGCCGCUAUUAUGACUUUCAAGUGCGCAUGCGUAAAUCUACCAUACGGGGGAUCUAAGGGCGGAGUAUGCAUCGACCCCAAGCUAUAUACCGUGGAUGAGCUGCAGACCAUUACGCGGCGAUAUACGAUGGAGCUACUGAAGCGCAAUAUGAUCGGACCUGGAAUCGAUGUUCCAGCACCCGAUGUGAACACUGGUCCGCGGGAGAUGUCCUGGAUUGUGGAUCAGUACCAGAAGACCUUUGGCUACAAGGACAUCAAUUCGUUGGCCAUUGUCACCGGCAAGCCCGUUCACAUCGGCGGCAUUAACGGUCGUCACUCGGCCACGGGCAGAGGCGUUUGGAAGACGGGCGAUCUCUUUCUGAGGGACAAGGAUUGGAUGGAUUUGAUCAAGUUCAAGACGGGCUGGAAGGACAAGAGGGUCAUCGUGCAGGGCUUCGGCAAUGUGGGCUCCUUCGCCGCAAAGUUUGUGCACGAAGCGGGCGCCAAGGUAAUCGGAAUCAAAGAGUUCGACGUUUCCCUUGUUAACAAAGACGGUAUCGAUAUUAAUGAUCUAUUCAAUUACAAAGAUGAAACGAAAUCCAUUAAGGGAUACCCCAAGGCGGAGGAGACAACCGAGGAGCUGCUGACGGCCGAUACCGACAUUCUGAUGCCCUGCGCCACCCAGAAGGUGAUAACCAGCGAGAACGCCAAUGAUGUCAAGGCCAAGCUGAUUCUGGAGGGCGCCAACGGACCCACCACACCCGCUGGCGAAAAGAUCCUGUUGGAGAAGGGCGUGCUCCUGGUGCCCGAUCUCUAUUGCAACGCCGGCGGGGUAACUGUCUCGUACUUCGAGUACCUCAAAAACAUUAACCAUGUGUCCUACGGCAAGAUGAACUCGAAAACCACAUCCGAAAUAAUCAUCGAGCUGAUGAACUCGAUCAACGAGUCGCUGCAGCAAUGCGGUGAUAGCUACCCUGAGAUAAAAGCCAAUAAGAAGCUUAAGAGGAUUCAGGAUUGCACUACGGAGGCGGACAUCGUGGAUGCAGCUCUGCAGACCGUAUUGGAAUCUGCAGCGAUUGGCAUCAAGCAGAUGGCCAACAAGUACGAGCUGUGCAACGAUCUGCGACAAGCUGCUUAUAUCUGGUCCGCUUCAAAAAUCUUCCAUGCCCUUGAAAGCUCAGGCAUUUCACAGCAGUGACAAAAUUUCAGUUAUUUUUUUUACCUUCUCAAUAUAUUUUAUUGCUUAUUGAAAUUAUAUUAUUAAAAUAAAUUUUACUUACAUUAACGAA